AUGGCGGGAAAAAAAGGUGGACAAGCAGCAAACGUUUUUGCGCACCCCAACUCGCGAAAGGUAAAGCAAAUUCAGCGCCAAACGCGUCGGGGUGAAAGAAUAAAUAAACAAGAAAAAAAAUUACACUCUCAGGAACUUCUUGAAGCUAUGCGUUUUUUCUGGUUCAGGGAACAAUGUUUGACCCUGGGACGUCUUCGUUCCGCCUUUACCCCUGAGGAAUCUCAGGCACUGACGACACUUUAUUUGAGUAGAAAUGAUGAGGAAAUUGCGUCCCUAAAGUCUCUACGCAAUCCUCCUCUCGGUCGCAUCAAAACGAUAGAAGCUUUAAAAACGAGUGAGUUUGACGCAUUUCAUUCUUCCAAAGGGAUUGUCAUUCCUAAUAUUGCGGAUGAGGAUAAUGUUGAAAUACUUACAGAGAUAUGGGACGGACGUGCAGAUACCGUUACUGUCGUACCACGUUGCUCUUUGUCAUUUAAUUCAUCUUUUUCUACAAAAGUAACAGCCAUAUUGGAAGAUUUAAAAGAAAAACUAAAACCUAUAGAUCAAGUUCGAGAGGAGGCCACAUCAGUUGCACCAAAGAAGAUGUUGAAGUUCCUAAAACAGAAACGUACACAAUCAGUAAAGAAAAUUGACAAAUUUGAAGAAGUGGCAUUACGUUCCAAGACGCGAGCCGCUGCAGGACAGCAGAAACGUUUAAAAGAAGCCCGAAAGGCUGUAGUAAAUUCAAAACGAGCCGAUUAA